AAUUCAUUGAUUGAUUGGUGGGAAAAUAUUGUGGUAAUGUCCACCCCACAUAACCUCGUACCAUUAUUUGCCCGCCUCUUAGACCGCAUCUACUCCACAAAGCAACUUGACAAACUCAAACAAAUCCACGCUCAAAUCAUCACCAAUGGCAUUUGCUCCCAUAGGUUCAUUCGCAACAAACUUGUCUCCUCCUACGCUUCCUGCCACCAAAUGCAAGAAGCCAAUCUCCUCUUCUCUCUCACUAACCAUCAGCCCACUUUCCUCUUCAACUCUCUCAUCCGCGCCUACGCUUCUCUCCAACAAUUCUCUCUUUCCCUCUCCUUUUUUCGCCAAAUGGUCCUCGCUCGAAAACCAUUCGACGCUUUCACCUUCCCUUCCGUCCUCAAAUCCUGCGCCGGAUUAUUAGCUUUAAAACUUGGUAAACAAGUCCAUGGAGUUGUUAUCGUCAAUGGGUAUCUCAUGAAUUUAGCAAAUUCAAAUGCAUUGAUAAACAUGUACUCAAAGUGCGGUGAUGUAGGCAGUGCAUAUAAGGUAUUCGAUCAAAGUCCUGAGAGAAAUGAGAUAUCGUGGUCGGCGAUGAUGGCGGGGUUUGGGAUGCAUGGGAAAUUUGAAAAAGUGUUUGAGUUAUUUGAAAGAAUGAUAAGUGAAGGAAUGGUGCCGGAUGGAGUGACGUUUGUGACGGUGCUGACGGUGUGUAGCCAUGGAGGGAAAGUGGAGAAGGGGAAGGAGUAUUGGAAGAUGAUUGAGGAGGGAAGGUUUGGGGUGAGGGCAAUGUUAGAGCAUUACACUUGUAUGGUGGAUAUGUUGGGGAGGGCGGGGCUAGUGGAGGAAGCUGAGAAGUUAAUAAUGGGGAUGGAUGUUGCGGCGGAUGAGGCCUUGUGGCGGUCGUUGUUGGGGGCUUCUAGAAUUCAUGGGAAAGUGGAGGUUGCUCAGAGAGUGGAACAAAAAAUUCGAGGCGGUUGGACAUAGAGACAUUAGAGCUCUAGUUUCAACGCUGACCAAUGUUACGAGGACACAAUUGGCUAUGUAGGUGUGAUGAUAUUCCUUCUUUAUUUGUUUUUGGCAAAUUCGUUGACAUUUUCAUAAUUUAAAUGUAAAAAGUGUCUUUUUGGGAGCAAAUAUUUGGGAUGUAAAUAAUUUGAUUCAAAUUAUAAAAUUAGAGUAAAUUAUUUAAAAA